GUGAAACAGAAGCCCUGUGUUUUUAGACAUUCCUUGUACUGCUCUCAUCAUGGUCGUCUGUCUGGCCCAGAGUAUGGUGCAGAGGAGCUGCCGCUGGCUCCUGCGGUUCCCUACUGCCCUGGCUCUGGUCUACACCCGGGGUGCAGGAGGCACCCCUUCUCCCUCAGUUGCCCAACCGUCCACCUCCCAGGAUAAGAUUCGGACCGAGGAUGACCUCCCCAGGAUCAAAACCAGGGUGAUGUUGUACAGAUUGUAUGUCCAAGGCUACUACAAGCGUCUACAUGAGCUACAGGUGUAUGAUAAGCAGCUGUACGGCCCCAUGUACAAAAUAGGCAUAGGCAGCAUUAACUCCGUUGCUCUCAACAGUGUGGAGCUACAGGAGGAGCUGCUUAGGAAGGACGAGAGGUUCCCCAGCCGAGGAGACAUGUCCCUCUGGACAGAGUACCGGGACCUGAGGGGCAUUGGUUACGGCCCCUUCACUGAGGAAGGGGUGAAGUGGUACAAUCUGAGGACUGUGCUGAACAAGCGCAUGAUGCACCCUAAAGACUCGGUGCAGUACGGAGACGUGGUCAACGAGGUGGUCAGCGACCUGAUCAAGAGGAUCUACCAUCUACGUCGAACCAGCCCCACGGGAGACCGGGUGAACAACCUGUCCAAUGAGCUCUACCGAUUCUCUCUGGAGGGAAUCUCUUCCAUCCUGUUUGAGACACGGAUCGGCUGCCUGGAGGAAGAGAUCCCGGUGGAGACGCAGCACUUCAUCGAUUCCAUCGCUCAGAUGUUCUCCUACAGCUUGCCGGUGGCCAUGCUGCCCAAGUGGAGCCGCAACAUCCUGCCAUUCUACGGGCGCUACAUCGCUGGCUGGGAGGGCAUCUUCAAAUUCUCUGUGAAGUUUAUUGAGAUGAAGAUGGAGGCAAUUCAGAAGCGAGUGGACACAAACCAGGAAGUUGAGGGAGAAUACUUAACGUACCUCCUCUCCAAUACAAAGAUGACCAAUAAGGAGGUGUACGGCAGCAUCGCUGAGCUGUUAUUGGCUGGAGUCGAUACGACAUCCAAUACCAUGAUGUGGGCGAUGUACCUGCUGUCCAGGGACUCCAAUGUGCAGAACACCCUUUAUCAGGAGGUGUCCCGCUGUAUACCAGGAGACAACAUUCCAUCUGCUCAAGAUGUCACCUGCAUGCCAUACCUCAAGGCUGUCAUCAAGGAAACACUAAGAAUGUACCCUGUUGUCCCCCUGAACUCACGCAUCAUGGCAGAGAAGGAUGUCAUCAUUGGCGGACAUUUUUUCCCCAAGAAGACUUCGUUUACAAUGUGCCACUACGCCAUCAGCCAAGAUGAAAAGACAUUCCCAGAACCAUCGAAGUUCAAGCCUGAACGAUGGUUGAGGGACGGCCGAGUCCGACCAAACCCCUUUGGCUCUAUCCCAUUUGGUUUUGGGGUUCGGGGCUGCGUAGGUCGUCGGAUAGCUGAACUGGAGAUGUACCUGGCUUUGUCACGGAUAAUCAAGCUAUUUGAAAUCAGACCGGACCCCAGCAUAGGAGAGGUGAAAGCUCUCAAUCGCUCCGUCUUAGUAGCAGACAGGCAAGUCAAUCUGCACUUCCUGGAGAGGACAGACAAAGCUGCCCUUUGAUAUGUUAAAGACAGGUGAUGGCCAUUUGUCACCAAGCAGCCUACAAUAUCUAUCGCUGAAUGUAAAUAAACACACACUACAGUUCAAAAAUUUAGGUUCACUUAGAAAUGUCCUUGUUUUAGAAUGAUAAGCACAUUUUUUUUGUCCAUUUAAUAUAACAUCAAAUUGAGCAGAAAUACACUGUAGACAUUGAUAAAGUUGUAAAUGGCUAUUGUAGCUGGAAACGGCUGAUUUAAAAAAUAUAUAUAUAUAUAUUUAACACGUUGUGUUAGCUAAUCCAAGUUUAUCAUUUUGAAAGGCAAAUUGAU